AAUUGUUUAGAUUAAGUAACUGUUUGUUGUAUAUACUUGCAAAGAAAGCUUGAACUUGUGGCGAGUUUUUAUAAAACUAUGUUGCACUGUACAUGUAAAAUUUCUUCUUCACCAUCAGCUAUCAAAACUGCAUAAACUUUUAAUAAUUCCAGCUAUGUUCAGAUUUUCACAUAUUUCAAGUAAAUAAAGCAGCAAAAGUUUGUGUUUGUGUAUGUGUAUUUAUUCUUAAAAAAAUCUCAUACUCAAAUCUUUGCUUGAUUAAAACUAGUUAAAAAUUUCUACUUUUUGACUUCGCAAUACUUUCAUCCCUAGCAAGUGUAUUUUGUAGCAAACAUGUGUAGCAUAUGUAGUAUAAAUAUUUUUCGCGAUAAAUAACUUUUUUUAUCAUAUAUAAAGGUAAAUUUGAUAAGUAAGUUUGCGACAAAUACACAACAGACAAUCAUCUCAAAGAGAGAAAAGAAAGUGAUGAAAAUCAAUCCUAUUACCAUAUUUUUCUAAAAUAUUUUGUAAACCAGAAUAUAUCUAACCUUUAUAUGAUUAAAAAAAUUGUUGGGAAUAUGUAGCAUAACAGUUUGCAAAAUGUAUUGAAAACUCAAAAGUACGUUUUGCAUAAUGAUAUUAACAAGAAGCUAGUUGUAAGAGUUUCAACUUAUAGAUAUGGUUGAUUGGCCAGUCGAAUUGGUGUGAAAUCUGGUUGUUAGUCUAUUUUUGUGUCCUCGGAAGAAAGCAAGGCAGAUUGUGCUGUGUCGUAAUUGCUUUCGUAAAUAGAUACUGCCAGGGUUACGUGUAUUGAUGAAGAUGGAUUCAGAGUCUGAUUAUUUGGUUACUUAGGCUACAGACCAUACAAUUACAAUAAUCAUUUUUGCAACAACAAGAUAAUUGCAUUAUGUAACAAGAUUCCUUAUUUAAGCAGUAAAGUCAAUUAAAUCGGUCGUGUAUGCAGAGGAGACUCAGAUGUCAGCGAUAAUUCAUCAAAACUUUGUUUUUUUCAAAGGCUGUAGCGCUGUUCUAUCUUAAAAUAAAGAAAGGUCCUGUCCAACUAGUUCAAAAGCAAUUUCUAUAGUAAGUUGUUUAUCCAAACUGUGCUUAUUUGUGCCUGAAAAUGGCCUUUUUUGCUAGGGAUAGCGUUUUUUAUUUGAAAAUGUAUAUAUGAUAUUUAGGCCAUGUUUACAUGACACAUGAACAAGUUACGAGCGGAUAAUAAUUAGCAUUAGAGUCUGCUCAUGCAGACAGAUGCAUUUGAUGAAUUCGCCACAGUUUGAAAAAUAUAACAGUUGAACGUGUAGUGUAGAACUCGUUAUAUCAAAUAUCUUGAAUUUUUUUGCUGAUUCCUUUUUUGCUGUUUUUAUUAAAUCACAAUAAAAAAAAGUCUAGUUGAUAUUUGGGCUUUAUCGACUAGAACAAAAUUGACAGCUAGAAUGCAAUAAAAUGCAUGGUGACCAAGUUAGGACUGUACGUCCACGCUUUCUUCUUAAUUCUUUUUAAUGAGCUCAUUUCAACUCAAAUAUCUUAUUGCGAUACACAGUUGAUGGUAAUUUACGUAUCAAUUAAGUUGUCACCUACGGAUAUAGCUAAAAAUAACAAAGCAAUCUCCUCUACACUGUGGCCCUAGGCACUUUGUAGAAGGCGGAUUCACGUCAUCAACAUUUUUCUGCAGGCCAAGAUAACUUAUUUGCAAAGGAAAAAAUAUCUCCCGAAAGAUGUCAUAUGCAGGAUGUCAAAAUUCAAAAAAACUUGUUUCCUCAUCUGCACUAAAGUUUUUUCCUCAUCCGCACUAAAUCUUCGCGAAAUUUCUCAACAAAGGUUUCUGUGAAGAAAAAUGAUGUCUUCAACCUUUUUCGCAAAUAUAUUUCAUCACUCGCAAAAAAGACUAACCUAGCCUCUUGAAAAACAGCUGGUGACAAAUCUCGCAUUCCUGAAUGUGCCCAGGGCCUUUAGUGGAGCAGGUCUUUUUAACUUCAAGCUUUACAAUGGCAUCUUUUCAAACAACUGACUUUUGGCUUGUUUGGCUCCUUAGCUGGGCGUUAAACUGGUAUGGGAAAUACAAUCAAAUACAAGCUCAUGGAAAACAUCAUAAAGCAAAAUCCAUUGUCCUGAAAUGUUAUUUAUUCCCAAAUAUUCCCUUCUCCUUGCAUUACGUGGAAAAAUAUCUUAAAUUCAACUUUCUUUUGGCAACUUUCGAUUUUUCUUUUUUCGUGAAGUACCAGUGACAACUCUAUUUUUUUUAUUUUGCUCUGAUUCUAAAAAUGGUUUAGAUAAAAGGGAUCAACGAAGAAUUUCAGCAGAGCUUUUAUUUCUCUAGGAAGAACCUCGCGUGAAAUGUUUUUACAGUGAAAAUUGGAGUUUGCUUAUUCAACAGAAGAUAGAAUUCACAGUUGCAAUUUAGAAUCUUCCUGUUCUACACGCCAAUGUGUCAGUAUAAAGCUCUAUCUUUACGGCGCUGAAUUUUAUAAAACUAGCCUAGCAAAAAAUUAUCUUCUUAAAAAUAAAAUUGAAAUAACUCGAUUUUCUUACAACCUAUUCCUCUAAAAACAUUACUUGUUCGAUUUCACGCAAACUAAGAAUGGUGUAAAGAAACUUUUACAUAUAAUGAUUUCAUUCUUUUUUGUCUCCAGUUCCUAGAUGUGACAUAAAUGCAAUACAUUACAGUUACUUUUGCUGCCAAUAAUUGUAAGGAAUCUACAAGUGGUUCACAAAUAAUUCUCUAUAGGCUUCUUCAUAUGGUCAUAUUCAUGUUAAACUUUUUCGAAGGUUCUUGGUUUAACAUUUGUUGCCAAUUAUUCAGCGCUAUGCGUACUUUCCGUACAUUUCAGUCCUUACCAUAGAAGGUUGGAAUUUAUUUCGUUGUUCUACCAAUGUUCAAAAGGCGUUUACGAUAGCCUCUCUGAUACAAGCAGCUGAUGACUGACCCAUUUAUCAAAUCGCACUACUUGAAACAUUCAAGAAAUGCCUAAAUUUUGUGGUAGCUCUCUGCAUAACAAGAAAAGAGAAUGGAAACUCUGCUGUGAUUUAAGUUGUCAUAUAGAGACUAGUUUGCUUAAUUCUAAAACAUCAAGUCCUUUUUUCUCUUCGGGCAAUUGUUGCUUAUGAAAUCUAGAACUGAACCAUAAGCAGUGCCUGAAAUCAUCAUUCAGCUUUGGAUUUAGCACCGUGAUAAUUAUCACAUUACACAGUAAGCUUGUCUCAGUUGAUGUAUGUCUUAUAGUGUUGCACUAUUGAAUUGCAAAUUUUUAUCAGAAUCCGUUCUUUGCAUGCAAUGCUGCUUCAGGUAUCGAUUUCACAAUAUCAAAUAGCAUUACUUAUACUCCAAUGCUACAGAAAUAAUGAUAACAAUUGACAAUACGCUAACCAUUUGCUAUAAAAAUUGCUCGCGCUUGACCUAUUUACUCCUUACUUGCUAUUUCAAAAAUCUCUUUCUGCAGUUAAUGAGGGUAAGAUAGAAUUUUUCAUUACGUUAAGUCUUGAAAAUCUAUGUUGUCUCAGGCCUGACUAGGUCAAGAAGUAACAUGGCUUCGAAAUUAGCGACCUAGUAAUGGAAUUACACCUCCAAAAGGCCGACAUGCAGGAGAGGUAAUUGAUGGAAAGGAAUACGCCUGUUCCGCAAAAAAGAAGAGCCGUCAUAAGACUUUUGUGGUUUUAAGCAUCUUCUUAAGUCUUCCAAAGUCCCCGUUUUCCAUUAUUUCGAUCAGUUCAGCGAGACAUGGUAACACAAAGAAAAGAGACAAAUCAUUGGAUGGUAAAUUGAAACCCUGCAUUUGAAAAGAGUGAAACAAUGUACAUUGACGGCAGCAUAGUGUUCAUUAGGUGAUGCAAGAUCAGAUAAGAACACUGUGCAGUACCGCAAUGUAAGAGAGAAUUAUCAACUUGCCACUUAUUUGUAUGUCAAAUAUGUUAAAAUAUUUUAAUUACAAUGUCUUCCUUCAAAAAAGUUUACUUAUUACCUGAAAAUUACAGUAGGAGAUUGUUUACAAAUAUGUGUCAUUUUGGUCGCUGUCCCUAGAGGAUGAUAGAAAAUCUGUCUCUAAGUCUGAAAUGUUUUGUCUCAAAAGAGUUCUGUUUUUUAUGAUUAUUUUGUCUUCCUUCAUCAUUCAAAAAUAGCUGCAAAAUUGACUGCUGGCCAAUAAGUAAUCUAUUAUUUUUGCCUUCUAAUUUCAAAGGUAGUGGUUUUCUUCUAAAUCUUUUAAAUUGAUUUGUUUCAAUAUGUUUCAACAUUGUCUCAUAGAAAAUGUCAUUCGGAAUAGUUAGGCACGUCUUAGACCUAGACCUUGCUACUAGCUACUGUAAGUACUUCCUUGAAAUUUUGAAAUUAUUUGAGGAAAUGUUUUAUCUCAUUUCAUUCUUAUUAAAAGUAAGAAAGGAAUACAAAUUAAUAUAUGUAGAUGAUAUGCUUUUACUCGUUGCAUCAUCAUACCUAAAAUAUCUUUCCUGUUGCCAUUUAAGCUAUGUUUGCAACAAACUCCAGACAGAUUGCACCCAAUUAGUUUGCAUGAAAGCUGAUUCUGUGUCGUAAACAAAUAUAGACAUUGAAGUAAAUGGUUUGAGCAAACCCUUUCACAGAAAACGUCGAUUUGCAGCUAUUCAGGUCAUACUUGUAUCGAAUAUACAUCUCUGUUAAGAGAUAUCCAUGUUACUUAUGAGUUUAACUACAGAUCUAUUACCAAACAUGAAUUAUUGAACGAAUUCAUUUGUUUUUCGACAUUUUUCAAUACCCACACGUGUCGGCCUAUGGGCAUUUCUAGAGAUUCAACUAUUGUUAGCUCUGUCCUCUUCUUUAUUAUCUCAUUAUACUGAGCUUACAACUUGAAAAGGAAACAGUGGAAUUAAGGCGCUUUUUCCCUGAUUAGACUGUGCCGAAGACAUCUCUGAAGGCACAUAAGUUCUUAACGUAACAAUGCUAUUUCAAACACCCAAGCUUGUAAUCAGUCUGAAACCGACUAUUAUCCAAUAAGCAAGGCGGCCUUAUUGCUCCUGUUUCUCAUUUUCUCUGCUUAAGUGAUGAAGCUAACACAAUCCUCUACAUUCAUAUAAUCUUUGGUUGCUUGCCGAGACGCCACUGCUGGAAGAGACGCAAUAGUCAGUAAUCGUUCUCUAUGAAUUUGCAACACGGUUAGAAAUAGCUCCACGAAGACGCGCUUACUAUGUUUUAGAGGUAGAAGAGUUCUGAUUUCUUUAUAACACUUGGCUGCAAGGUAAAAGAACUGAAAUCGUUUGUAAACCCUCUCAAAAGGCUUGAUUAUCCUUGGUACCAAGCAAGAAACGAGAUUCCAAUCGAAACUGAAACAAAAUCUUUCACUCUGGAUCUCCGAAGUAGAAAUACUAUGGCCUGGCAUUACAACAGCGUUCCUGCUUACCACUUACCCCAUCUUCCAUAUCACACUGGCUUCAGCUCACACUAUGGAUUUAACCCAUUAUACGGAAUACCUAGAAAGCAACGUAGAGAGAGAACAACUUUCACCAAAACUCAGUUAGAAAUACUGGAGGAGCUAUUUUCGGAGACACAGUACCCAGACGUUUUCAUGAGGGAAGAAGUAGCAAGAAGAAUCAAUUUGCCCGAAUCAAGAGUUCAGGUUUGGUUCAAGAAUCGGCGAGCGAAACACAGACAAAAGACGAAGCGCGAACCUGAGUCAUCAGCUUCCUUGAUAAAAAAGGAACAGCCAACAAAAUCUCCAGUUGAACCAGAACCUGAUAACAGCAAAAAGCCAGCAGCUCCUAUCAGAGUCUCUAGCGAGAGCUCUUCGGUUAAAAGUGCCUGUUCCUUUUCAAAUUUGAAUAAUGACCAUUUAUUACCAAGAACAACUUACCAGUGCUCACCCGGUAGCACCAUGGCACAAAGCAGCCCAAUAACGAGCUAUCCGGGCUAUUUGUCAUCACAUUCCUUGUCUUCAAGAAGCCUAGCUGCUGAGUAUUGUCCGUACCAAUCUUCAAGAAAUUUACCAAUGUCCGGACAUGGGCACAGCCAUCUUCCACCAAGUGAAUAUCUCCCAUGCUCUGACUUUCAUAAUCAACCUUUACCCGGAUCUUGGGGCUACGGAUCAGCAAUAUAAAUGACAUUUACGUGACAGAUAUCAGGUAAUUCAUAAAAGAGGCAAAAUCGACUUCAGCCUAGCUAUGAAUAUGUUAAAUUCUAAAUGUAGCAUUUUAAUUUCCCGAGGGGAAGGAAUCUGUCAUUAAAGAAGUAGUUUUAGCUUUGUUAAUGUUUAAUUGUUAGCAGAUGAGAGGUUGAUCUUCUGCCAGCAUGAUUGUUAGUUUUAUUAUGUAACAUCAGCCUAUGCGCAAAAUCAAAGAACUAAUAAUUUUAAGGAGCCCAUUAUUUUGUAUCACUGGCAUGCAAUUCCCUUGCAUAAGGUCUAAUAGAAACCAAAGAAUAACAGGUGACAAAUGUUUCAUUUACUUCAGAAUAUCAUUAGCCAAUAUCGUGAUACGAAAUUUCAAGAAAGAGUUUAUACCAACCUCCUUAACUAGAGUUUAACAUUCUAGAAUAAAUCAUUUAAUGAAUACACUUGUUUAACUUUGAAGAAAGAUACCAGACAGUUAAAAAAUGAUUAUUCUAGAAUGUUAACUUUGCUGUCAAAUAUAUUAAACGAAAUUUACAUCUUUACUGAUCAGAUAGUUUUAACGCGUCUUAACUUUGCUCCAAAAACUUUAGAAAAGUAUAACAUGUAGAAGUCGAUUUUCAAUAAUGUAUUUAAUGUAUUUUCUCAUAAAUGGUUUUAGCAUAUAGAAAGCCAAGUUGUAUUCGCUUUUAACACUACAAAUUCUUAGCUUCGGGAGCUCUUUUAUUUGUCAUAAUUCAUCGGAUUCAGAAGAUGUGCAUCUUUUAUUAACUUAAUAUAGGGUAGAAUCUGAACUGUUAACGUACUUAGAAGAAACAGAAGAAUUUGAGUUCAGUGGCAAAUUUAUUUUUAUUUAAUUUUGGUGCAAAUGAUCAAAAACCUUCAGAUCAAAGGCUAAAGUUUCAAACAACCAGGAUACAAGGUAUUGUUAGACAGGUUCAAAGACAUACUUGGAUUUACAAAAUGUCUAAACAGGAAAAAUAAUUUUCUAAAACAGCAAAAACAAAUAGUUUUUAUGCACUUGUUGUCAAACUAUGUACUUUUUGUUCGUCUUGUUUUCCCUCUUUGGGCUGAUAUCAAAUUUAAAGAUAGCGCAGGAAAAUGGAAAUAUUGCAUACUAGAUUACUUAAAUAUACUAUUUCAAAGGCGUGUGUAUUUAUAUAUACUACAUAUGUCUGUUAUUUUGAUAACUUUACAACGGCAAAACCAUCAAUUUUUCACUUAAAUUCAAACCCAUUGCAAACUCCAAAGAUAAAUGAGUAGUUCAGCUUAUUGUACAAAUGUCUUUGCAUCCCGAAAACUAAUAUGCAAGCCAUUAGCAUUUAGUAUUGACAAUAUAGCAUGUUAAUCCACGUCUAAUUGUUGAUGCUGUUAAAAAUAAAGUAUUAUAGAGUAGUGAUACUUGAGCAAUUACUAGAGUAACCAACAGCAAUGUCUUUUUGUAUGACAUUGACAAUAUAGCCUUUGUAAAUAGUUAUUGGAAAUAGUUAUUGAUUCAAAAACA